GGUAUGGAGGCAUUAGAAACAAGUAUAAACUACUGGGAGGACGCGCUGGCCGCGUUUUCGUUGGGGGCACGAGGUGGAGUAUCGGGCACAUUGGCUCUCACCUCGCCAGAGGAGGCGGAGUUCUGCAGGGAAAUACAGGACUUGCUUCAAGACGCUUAUCUUUUACAGGAACGGUGCGAGCUGUUGUUCCUGGACCAGCGGUCGGUGUUGUUCAGGUCGGAGAGUGGCGGCGGCGCGGGCGAGGACGUGACGCCGGCGCGCCGCUCGCGACUACUCUCCACACAGACAGCCUCCUCGCACACGCGGAGAGAACAUCACUCUAGCGCAGAAUCCUUCGCCUCCGCAGAAGACCAGGUUGCUGAUCUACGAGACUUUGAUGAUUUAACAGAAACAUUACCAGAAUUAGAAAACUUGGAAUUAUACCAGGCAGCUGUAAAACAAUUGGAAGUCGGCAUUCCUUACAGGACGCUACGCACAGAGGUGGUGCAGUGCAGUACAGACUCGGAGUUCCUGUGCAAGUUGCACUGUCUGCGCCAGGCCUUCACGCAGGUGUUCAAGGACGCCGCGAUCUGGGCCUGGUUCGUCGACGCCGGCAGACAAGUGCUCACUGACCUACUUCUCUUCGCUGACAAGGAACCAAAGGAAUUUCUGGUGGCUUACGAAGAAAUGGUGUCUUGGGCGACAGAUGCAGCCAAUUGGAUAACAAUAGAAAAUGAACUUACGACUAAAGGUGUUAAGGCCCUAACAUUCUAUGACGUGGUGUUGGACUACAUACUAUUAGAUGCAUUUGAAGAUCUCGCGUCUCCACCUUCCUCAGUCCUUGCUGUAGUUCGCAAUCGAUGGUUAUCAGACGGAUUCAAAGAGAGUGCGUUGACAACGGCGGUGUGGUCAGUAAUAAAGGCAAAGCGGCGCUACCUCCAGUUCCCCGAUGGUUUCAUGGCACAUUUUUAUUCUAUAUCAGAGCAUUUGCUGCCAGUCCUCGUAUGGGGGUUCUUGGGCCCUAACGAACGCCUUCGCGAUGUUUGCGAGUCCUUUCAGUCAGAAAUUGUAGGGUUUAUAUCGGACCUAUUUAACUUCCAGAAAUGUCGCUACACUAACGUAGAUGAUCUUUCUGCUGACAUAAUGCAACACGCAAGAUUACGUUCUGCUAAUAUUACUGACAAAUUAGCUGAAAGAAUAUAA